GGGCCUGAACGUUCAUAUGGCUGCAGUACGAUACUUUCCUUCCCGAUCCGUCAACCACUCACGCGUCGUGCUUCUUUCGAGCCGCCUCCCACUCGCCGACGUGUCUUUCUCGCUCUUCAGCUUUCACUACUAGUGCUAGGUGUUUGGUCUCUCCCUCUCGCUUCCAUGGCUCGUGUCUCUUCGUGUGUCUUAGCACUGGGCAGCGUCGCCCUGACCGCUAUCGAGUUUCUCUGCAGUUCUCUCAUCUCGCAGUCCCGACUCCGGUACAUACAUUUGUGCGACGACACCGUCGCGUGUGCAACACUAUCCGAGGAGCAAGUCGAGCAGAACGUGGCGAGUCGAGUCGCGUUUCGAUAUCGGUAA